AUGUUAGAAGAUGAUUGCUUUGAGGGGUCUUAUGAGGAGCAUCGGAUAUUCAGACAAGUUUUCUUUGGAAGUGGUACUGGUAAUGCUAAAAGAUGUCUUGUCACUGGAGUCAUUAGCUUCGAAUGCGAUUCCAGUAAUAAUGUCAAUUCCUCUCUGAGUUCCAACAAUGACAACUCUGUGGUAACAAGUGGAUGUAAAGCUUCUGAGCCAUCUGCUUCAAAAGAUGGUUCUGACUUUAACAAAAAAGCUAAAAGAGCCAAGCUUUCUGGUGAUAAGCAUGUGGAUGCGAGGGACGAACAAAGCUCGCCUUUGAUUGGUUCGGAUUUUGCUAGAGGAACAAUACCUUUCCGUUUGGUCGAAUCAUCCAACAAGGGUGUUUCCACUAGCUCAUAUCUGCUGAAGCAAAGCACUGAGAAGGGAAAAGAAGUUUAUCUGUGUGGCAUUGUCUCAGAAAAGUGGAAGCCACAAAACUUGGAGAAAUGUGAUGCAAAGGAACUAAAAGCAAUUGCGUCUCCUGUUUCUCAGGAGAGCUUCGCGACAAGAGGGAUCUGUGCAGGUGCAUCUACGCCUCAUAGUGACAAGUCUUUCAAGAACGGAUCUAAAGUAUCUCCUAAUGAGUUAAAUAUACCUGAGACUUGUCUAAAGAUUGAUCCUAAAGAGGACCCCCGUCCUCUUCUCUACAAGUAUGUAUGUAAGUUGCUAACUUCUGCCAGAUGGAAAGUCGAGAAGAUCCAAAGAGCAGGUAGGAAAUACCUGGACACUACAUACGUAUCUUCAGAGGGGCAGAGAUUUCGUGACUUUGGGUCAGCUUGGAGAUCAUUGGGUGAGAUCUUAUUAGCGGAUCAUAAGUUGAUGGAUACAGGUACUAAGAAAUGGACCGGUAUCAAUGACUUUUGGUCAGAUCUCUCGCUUACAUUGUUGGACGUUGAGGAGAACAUGAAAACAUUAGAUCUUGCCAGCACACAGGCGCUUUGGUGGAGUGCCUUGGAGCCUUUUGUGACUGUUGUCUACAUUGCUAAGAAAGUUGGUUCUUUAAGAAGAGGAUGUAAAGUUGAAGUUGCAAGGAAUUCAGUUAUUGACAAGUUUAAGAAAGAAGAUGCAAUUUGUCAGAACAUGCUUUCAGGCUGUCCCGAAAGUGGGCUGACAGUAUCUGACCUAGAGAUUUCGGAUCUUGAGGGGAAACCUAAUACUCCCCCUGGAAAAGUUUCUUCAAGACGAGAAAAGCAGAACAGUAUUGGUACGGAAAUUUCUGGGCUUGAUGAGCAGGAGGUUAGCAAGGUCUCUGGAGCUUCAAAAUUGAUAGCAAAAGGCAUGAAUGAAAGUGUUAUGAGAAAGAAGUUACACAGAAGGUCGAAAAAAAUUUCUGAAGCCAAACAAGCUCUCUUGGACCAACGUGAUACACUGGAUUAUGAUUCUUCCGAUAGCCUUGGAUGCCAGGAACAUAGGGAUGGAAGGUUGAGGAAUGAUAAGAGGAUGAAAAAUUCAUGUGGUAAUUCAAAGAAGGGAAGGAAAAAAGCUAGAAAGCACUGUAAUCAGGAUGAUGACCUUUUCAAAACCAAAGGCAUAUCAAGCCAGAAAAAGAAGGCACAGAAAUCAAAAGCUAGAACGAAAAAAAGAAAUAACAAGGGAGGGUGCAGGCUGCUUCCCCGAAGCACUAGCAAUGAGGAAAAACAGUUUUCACAAGGAAAUUGGUCUACUUUAGGUCCUAGAACUGUCUUAUCAUGGUUGAUAGCUGCCAACGUGAUUUCUAGGGACGAAGUAAUCCAGUUACGAGAUCCUGAUGAUGAUACUGUGGUGAAAACAGGCCUGGUAACUAAAGAUGGAGUGCUCUGUGCAUGUUGCAAUAAGACUAUAUCACUUUCUGAGUUCAAGAUCCAUGCUGGAUUUAGCCAGAACUGUCCAUGUCUGAAUCUAUUCAUGGAGUCAGGAAAGCCUUUUGCUUCAUGUCAGCUGGAAGCUUGGUAUGCUGAGUAUAAAGCCCGAAAUGGUUCAAGACCGGAGGCAGCUUCCGAUGAUGAUCCAAAUGACGAUUCUUGUGGAAUUUGUGGUGAUGGGGGUGAGCUGAUCUGCUGUGAUAAUUGUCCAUCUACCUUCCAUCAGGCUUGCUUAGCAAUGAAGGUGCUCCCUGAAGGCAAUUGGUAUUGCUCAAGCUGCACAUGUUGGAUAUGCGGGGAGUUGGUUAGUGAAAAUGCUCCUGCUGAACGCUCUCAGGACUUCAAAUGUUCCCAGUGUGUGCAUAAAUAUCAUGGAGUAUGUCUGCAAGAGAUUAGUAAACGCAGAGAACCUUUUCCAGCAACCUACUUUUGUGGUAAAAAUUGCGAGAAGGUGCACGUUGGUCUCAGUUCUCGUGUUGGGAUCAUUAAUCCUAAUGCGGAGGGCUUGUCUUGGACAAUCUUGAAGUGUUUUCAAGAAGAUGGAAAAGUUCAUUCUGCACGAAGAUUGGCACUGAAGGCGGAAUGCAACUCGAAAUUAGCUGUUGCUCUAUCAAUCAUGGAGGAAUGCUUUCUGUCAAUGGUAGAUACAAGAACUGGUAUUGACAUGAUACCUCACGUGCUAUACAACUGGGGUUCAAAAUAUGCCCGUUUAGACUUUGAUGGGUUUUACACUGUGGUUGUGGAAAAGAACGAUGUGAUGAUCUCAGCAGCAUCCAUCAGGGUGCAUGGAGUGAGUGUUGCAGAGAUGCCUCUUGUAGCUACCUGCAGCAAGUAUCGUCGUCAGGGGAUGUGCAGAAUCCUCGUGACUGCCAUCGAAGAGAUGCUUAUGUCUCUAAAAGUGGAGAAGCUUGUGGUAGCUGCGUUGCCAAGUCUAGUGGAAACCUGGACUGAAGGUUUUGGCUUCAAACCCAUGGAGGAUGAAGAACGCGAUGCUCUCAAAAGGUUAAACUUGAUGGUGUUCCCUGGGACAGUUCUGCUCAAGAAAACGCUAUACGAGUGCACAAACCCCAACACUGUGAAAGGUGUUCGUCUCGUUAAAGAACAUGAUAACCCAUCGAACAAAGAAGCAGAUGAUAUAGAGAAAGCCAGGUUCUCCAUGACUAAGAGCUGUGGUCAGAUGGUUCCACAAGGAUCAGACGAUGAGCUCUCCCCCGUGCCACUUGGAACCAACGAAACAGAGCCAACUUCAGAAACAGAGAACACAACUCAAGACAGCAAUGCCACUGAUAGGCCAGAGACAACAACGGUCUCCAUGGAAGAAGAAGAAGAAGAAGAUUGUUUGCAGGAAAAGGUGUCAAAGUUUUCAUCAGAAGAAGUGACGAAAAGAGCUUCUUCCUCCUCAGCAGCAUUAGAAGAAGAAAGGCAAAAGGUGGAGCUGUUUCACGCCCGGCCAUCACUCUUGACGCGCCGAUCGACGGCUUUUAUCGUCUUCACUUAUGUUGCUAUCGGGCUAACCGGAUUCCUCUUUGGAUUAUAUUUCCGGUUACCCGGCCGGACCUACCCCACGAACUCCCCUCCGAAGACGGUACGGGUCGACGGUGGAGAUAGUAACGGUAAUGGCGUUAGCGGGGGAGUGAAGAGGCACAAGGUGAUGGGAUUCGUCGGUAUUCAGACCGGAUUCGAUUCAGCUGGCCGGAGACGGGCGCUCAGAAACACGUGGAUGCCGUCCGAUCCGGAAGGGCUUCGCCGUGGAAGCUGA